CCUUGAUACACCUCUAUCGGUUUCAUUGAGGUCCCAAGACUUUAACUUCGAGAUAAACAUUGCACGAUGUCGUGAAGUAUGCAGCACCACCGAGAAAUAUGGAAUCACUUUCUGAAGCGAGGCCCCAAACGAGGCGCUUGAGAUCUAAUCAACGCCUCUGACGAUCAGCGACAUCUUGCAAGACUGAAAAUGAGUCAAACGCAUCUCCUCCUCAAGAACUGAUUCGAGUGGUCGAAACCCCGCAUGGAAAUACCAAACCGAGCAAACCGCUGCACCUCGUUCAGCCCAGAAUCUCAGCCCUUCUUGUCCCCCAUCGCACUUACCCAUAGGAUCCUCAACGACAACGACAACGACCAACUAUCAGUUGUGCGACCACAGCCCGAGAGCGGCUAUAAGAAGAGGGAGAACGCGCGUUUCAACUCUACGUGUCGCGCAAGGCCUUCCGUGUUUAUGCAAUCGUCAACACCUACACCGACCGCUCUUCUAAGCCUUAGAAAUUCAGAUACCUCGGUCAACGCCACCAUGGCAACGUAUCACAAUCCUAAUUGGGCGGAAUGCUACGAUCUCUGGGUCACAAUGCUUUUCGGCGAUGGGCCAGUCGAAGAUAUCCCUGUUUUCGAAGGCAUUCUCAAAGAAAUACAACAUUGCCGAUUGGAUGUGGAAGACGAAGGUUCAACCCCAAUGACGAUAUUCAUGAGAAAGACCGGGUGCAAGUUUGAAAUCUGGGGUACGGAGCCUGGCGCGCCUAUGCUCGAACGCGCGAAGCGGUUCUGGAACGAAGGAGUUGAGAAGCAAAAGAUCGAGGGAUGCGGCGUUGUAUCAUUUGCGCAGGAAGUACUCGAGCAAUCAUCAAGCGCCGAUCUGAUAGUCUUCGCUGUGGGCGGCAUCUGUCAUGUCACGACGGACUCAGAACUAUAUUGCUUCCUCGCCAACGUCAACUCAGUUCUUAAUCCAAGGGGCCGAGCAAUAAUUAGCAUUCUGCCAGGCAAGCUGAAUAGGAUACCGUCGGUUGACAGGCUUGGAGAAGUGUAUGUCAAAUAUCCGAGUACGGAGAGCUUGAAGGGGUACGUCAAAACUGAAGCGUUUCAAUUGGAUGUUGAGGGUGGCGAGGGAAAGAUGCCGAGGAGACAUGUGCUGCAUUGGAAUUUGAAGAUGUUUGAUAAACAGGGUUGGGAGCGAGCGGUGGAGAGUGUAGGGUUGAGGGUUAGGGAGAUUAGGGAGGGGGAGAUACAGAUAUAUUUGCAUUCGUCAGCUAAGCCGCCUAUUCUUCUGAGAGCCUUCUUAGUUUUCGGGGACUGCCAAACGAAGAUGCAUACGACUAUUUUGGAACCUAGCUCUACACGCUUGAGCUCUAGCAACCCGCAGGGCUUGCCACAACGGCUUCUUAUAGCCUUGGUGCCACCAAUCGCCAAGGCCAAAAUCCAAGGAGCUAGGCCAGUAAAUCGAAGGCACGGUCCAAGCCUGCAAACACUCCAGCCCGCUAUAUUCUGCUUAUUAAAACAUGGUUUUAAACUCCGCUUGCUGUUUCCGCAGGCCCCAUUGGCUGCCACAUCUGACGUCCGCCUCUCCGGAUGGCCACAACUUCCAAUCAAGCCUCCUUCUUUUGCCAAUGUGGAGGCAGCACCCACACCACGCUCCAACGCAUCGCUGACUAGGCGCGGAUGGGCUGCCAGUACAGCGACACCCUUGGCUGCUUGGCUUGUCUUUGAUUCGUCCAAGCCUGCGCGAAUGGCAGCGGGCCAGCAUGGACGGCGCAACAGGACAGAUCGUCGUGCGUCGGACAGGGGCUUUGCACUGGGGUUCUCGAAGAAGCUUGAUUCUUUGAUGGACCCAAUUCCUUGCAAUUCGAUCGAUCUGAACGCUUCUCUGGCCGCUCUGCCCUCACCUUUUGACGGAUGGUACAGCAUGAGGAUCCAGCAUGAGGGUCUCGUGGAGUUCCAGUCCCCCAAGGUAUUUCCCACUGACCUGUGUUCUGCUGUCGCGAUUUUCGUUGCCGCACCUCAGCUGCGACUGAGAGCCUGUGACAUCAGUCUCUACGUUGCUGCCACUGUCGACAAAACUCCAAAGGCGCCCUUCACAAGGAGGCCAGACCGCAGGUGGUUCGAUGAUGACGACUAUGGACAUUUCACUCUCCAGAACAGCCUCCGCCGUUGCUUGGCAUUUCCCUGGUUGGCCGCGAUUGGUGCGUGGAAGAGCAUGCUUCCCUCCCACGCUCGCACGCCGAGUGAGUGCCCCCAUUCCCUACAAGUACUUGAGCCGGCCGCCUCCCUCCCAACGCACACGCACACAUCUUCCGAAGCUUCCUCUUCCCUCUUCGCACUUGAGCUGCUUAUACUGCUCACACACUUGGCACUCUUGGACUUCGCUGUCUCUGCUCUCGCCGCUCACUACUCUGGCGCACUCAUCAAACCAACUCGCAGCACUAUCCUUCCUCGCUGUCGAAGUGUAAAAGAAGCCAAACUCACACGACCAAUAUGGCUGAGAGUAUGCUCUUUAGUCCUGUCCAGCGAAGCGGAGUUGACCUUC